AUGUUAAAAUAUUUUGCAACUGAAGCACACAAUUUUUCUUCCCAACAGACCAGCACACAAUUUUCAGCAUUCCCGGGUACAACCACGCAAGGUUCAACCACCCAAGGUAUUACCACACAAGGUUCAACCACCCAAGGUAUUACCACACAAGGUUCAACCACCCAAGGUAUUACCACACAAGGUUCAACCACCAAAGGUACUACCACACAAGGUUCAACUACACAAGGUACUACCACACAAGGUUCAACCACCCAAGGUACUACCACACAUGGUUCAACCACCCAAGGUACAACUACCCAAGAUACAGCAACACAAGGUUCAACCACCCAAGGUACUACCACACAAGGUUCAACUAAAGAAGGUACAACCACACAAGGUUUAACCACCCAAGGUACGACUGCACAAGGUUCAACCACCCAAGGUACUACCACACAAGGUUCAACUACACAAGGUACAACCACACAAGGUUCAACCACCCAAGGUACUACCACACAAGGUUCAACUACACAAGGUACAACCAUACAAGGUUUAACCAUCCAAGGUAUAACCACACAAGGUUCAUCCACCCAAGGUACAACUACCCCCACCACCAAAGUUUCAACUACAAUAUGUAUAACCACACAAUUUCUAACAAUCGAAGGUACGGCCACACAAGAUCCAACCACCAAAGGUCCAACUACCCAAGAUAGAACCACAUCAGGUACUACCACACAAAGUACAACCAACCAAGUUACAACCACACAGGGAACAACCAUCAAAGGUCCAACAACCGAAUGUUACACCACACAAUUUCCAACAACCCAAUGUGCUACCACACAAACUGCAACAGCCCAAGGUACAACUAUCCAAGGUCAUACCACAGCAGUUACCACCACCAGUGAAACAAUCACCAAAGGUAUAACCACUGAAGGACUAAACAUACAAUGUACAAAAGCUCAAGGUCAUACAACCAAAGUUACGACCACACGAGGUCGAACAAGGCUCAACCACAUAAGGCACAACAACACAAUUUCCAACAAUCGAAGGUACAGCCACACAAGAUUAAACAACCCAGGGUACAAUCCACUGGGCCACAUCGCCAUAGUUCCAAUCACCAAAGGAACAACCACACUAGCUCCAACCAGCCAAGGUCUAACAACCAAAGGUACGACCACACAAGUUCCAACCACACAUGGUUCAAACACACAAUGUACAAGUACACAAGGUCCAACAACCAAAGGUGCAACCACCCAAGGUGAAUCCACACAAGGUACAACUUCACAAAGUCCAAGAGCGCAAAAACCAACCAACAAAUUUUAA